AUGCCGUCGGGCAUGACGAAGCAUGGCUCGCGUUCCACCACCUCCCUGCCGCCGGACCCCAUGGAGAUCAUCCGGAGCAAGGCAUGCUCCCGUCGAGUCAAACUGAACGUCGGGGGACUGGCCCACGAGGUCCUGUGGCGGACCCUGGACCGCCUGCCCCGCACACGGCUGGGUCGACUCAGAGACUGUAACACUCACGACUCACUCAUGGACGUCUGCGAUGAUUACAGCCUGGACGGCAACGAGUACUUCUUCGAUCGUCACCCGGGAGCCUUCACAUCCAUUCUGAACUUCUACCGCACUGGCAAGCUGCACAUGAUGGAAGAAAUGUGUGCGCUCUCCUUCAGCCAAGAACUGGACUACUGGGGAAUCGAUGAGAUCUACCUAGAGUCCUGCUGCCAGGCUAGGUACCACCAGAAAAAGGAGCAAAUGAAUGAAGAGUUGAAGAGAGAGGCAGAGACCCUGCGGGAGCGAGAGGGAGAGGAGUUUGACAACACGUGCUGCGCUGAAAAGAGGAAGAAGUUAUGGGACCUACUGGAGAAGCCCAACUCCUCUGUGGCUGCCAAGAUCCUGGCCAUUAUCUCCAUCAUGUUCAUAGUCCUCUCAACCAUCGCCUUGUCGCUCAAUACGCUUCCCGAGCUUCAGAGCCUUGAUGAGUUUGGACAAAGCACUGACAACCCCCAGCUGGCCCACGUGGAGGCUGUGUGCAUUGCCUGGUUCACCAUGGAAUACCUCCUGCGAUUCCUGUCCUCACCGAAGAAGUGGAAGUUCUUCAAGGGCCCACUCAACGCUAUUGACUUGCUGGCCAUUUUGCCCUACUAUGUCACCAUCUUCCUCACUGAGUCCAACAAGAGCGUGCUACAGUUUCAGAACGUGCGCCGGGUUGUGCAGAUCUUCCGAAUCAUGAGAAUCCUGAGGAUUCUCAAACUUGCCCGGCACUCAACCGGCCUGCAGUCUUUGGGGUUCACCCUCCGGCGGAGCUACAAUGAGCUCGGUUUACUCAUCCUCUUCUUAGCCAUGGGCAUCAUGAUCUUCUCCAGCCUGGUUUUCUUUGCUGAGAAGGAUGAGGAUGACACCAAGUUCAAGAGCAUCCCUGCUUCCUUCUGGUGGGCUACCAUCACCAUGACCACUGUAGGUUAUGGAGACAUCUACCCCAAAACCCUCUUGGGUAAAAUCGUAGGGGGGUUGUGCUGCAUUGCAGGGGUCUUGGUGAUUGCUCUUCCCAUCCCUAUCAUCGUCAACAACUUCUCUGAGUUCUACAAGGAGCAGAAGAGACAAGAAAAAGCCAUCAAGCGCCGGGAAGCCCUGGAGAGAGCCAAGAGAAACGGUAGCAUUGUUUCCAUGAACAUGAAGGAUGCUUUUGCCCGAAGUAUAGAAAUGAUGGACAUUGUGGUGGAAAAGAAUGGGGAGACCCUCGGAAAGAAGGACAAAGUCCAAGACAACCACUUGUCUCCUAACAAGUGGAAGUGGACAAAGAGGACUCUGUCUGAAACUAGCUCUAGUAAGUCCUUUGAAACAAAAGAGCAGGGGUCUCCAGAGAAGGCCAGAUCAUCAUGCAGCCCCCAGCACCUGAAUGUUCAGCAGCUAGAAGACAUGUACAACAAGAUGGCCAAGACUCAGUCUCAGCCAAACCUCAACACGAAGGAGUCAGCUCAGCAGAGCAAACACAAGGAAGAACUUGAAAUGGACAGCAUCCCAGGUCCUGUGGUACCCCUCCUGCCCGCACGCACAGAAGGGGUGAUUGACAUGCGCAGCAUGUCCAGCAUCGAUAGCUUCAUCAGCUGUGCAACAGACUUUCCAGAAUCCAGCAGGUUCUCCCACAGCCCACUGGCAUCCCUCUCUAGCAAGACAAGUGGCCCUGUGGCCCAGGAACUCAGCUGGCGGGGCCCUCCAGACUCUGGUGGGAGCAGGUUGUCAGACUCCAACCCGACCCCAGAUGGCAGCCAACACUCCAGCUUCUUUAUUGAGAGUCCCAAGAGUUCCAUGAAGACGAAUAACCCCUUGAAACUCCGGUCACUGAAAGUCAAUUUCAUGGAGGGGGACCAAGGCUCAACCUUGCCUAUGGGCAGCAUCCUGGGGAUCUAUCCAGAUCCUCUCAGAAACCGGGGUGGUGCCACCAUCGCUGGCCUUGAGAGUGCUAUGCUCCCGGAUCGAUCCUUGCUGAGCCCAGAGUCCUCUGUCUACACCACAGCAAGUGCCAGGACACCCCCCAAAUCCCCUGAGAAACAUGCAGCAAUAGCAUUCAACUUCCAUGAUGCCAGUAUCCAUCAAUACAUCGAUGCAGACACUGACGAUGAAGGGCAGCUCCUCUACAGUGUGGACUCCAGUCCCCCGAAGAGCCUUCACAGCAACACCAGUCCAAAGUACAGCAUCACCAACAGUGGGUUCCUCAGGCAAAGAGACAGUGUGCACAGGUCGGACAAGAACCACCAGGAGCUUUCCCCCUUACCCACCUCGCCCAAGUUUCUAGGGCAGAACUGUAUUUAUUCCAUGGAAGCAUUGACUGGAAAGAAUCAGAGAAGUCAAGAAAAGGGCAAACUAGAUAAUCACAUAUCCCCAGAGGUCCGUGUGCUGCCAGGGGGUGGAGGACAGGGAAGCACAAAGGAUCCAAGCAUCUGA